AUGUUUUUGAAUUUCAAAGAGAAAAUUGUCAUUCCCAUGAAAAGUACGAUUCUUAAUUAUCACAGUUUCCCAAGCGGUAACCUUACAGGCCUUCCUGAUGACGUAUUCCAUCAGAUAAUACUUCUCCUUCCCGUUAAAGACGUUUUGAAUCUAUCGGAAUCGUGUAAAAGAAUUCAUGGACUCGUAAAAGAGGAUAGAAUUUGGGCCAGACUUUACAGUAGAGAUUUUCCUGAUAAAAAUAAAUGCGAUGCAGAGGAUUGGCGUGAUGCGUACAAGGACGUGUACGCUCCUAAACAAGUUGGAAGGGUUCAACUCGACAAGAAUGUGCUCCGGGAAAGUUUCCAAGAAUUCGGUGGUUUACCGGAUCCCCUGAGAGUUUUCGACUCGAGGAUGGAGCUACUCCUGUGA